AUGUUCCAGCUGACAGCCACACCAGCAAGUGCCCUUGCAGAUGAUUCAGUGCACAUCCAAGUGACAGGCCUACCCCCAUUCCAGGUGGUGACCCUCAAGGCCUCGCUGAAGGAUGAGAAGGGUAAUCUGUUCCAGUCCAAAGCCUUCUACAGGGCCAAUGAGGCUGGUGAGGUGGACCUGGAGCAGACGCUGGCACUCGGUGGCGACUAUGUGGGGGUCCAUCUGAUGGGCCUCUUCUGGUCUCUGAAGCCUAAGAAGGCUUUCCAGAGAUUACUCAAGCAGGAUGUGAUGAACAGCCCCUUUUGGGUCACUCUGGACCUAUAUGAUUACAUUUGCUUCCAUGAUUCAGCCACAGUUCAACCAAGGGCCAGCCAGAUGGUGCAGCGCUGGUUCUCCGGCCCUGGGAUACAGAGGAAGCAGAUCCGAGAAGGUCGAGUGCGAGGAGCCCUUUUUCUGCCUCCAGGGGAAGGCCCUUUCCCAGGAGUCAUUGAUUUGUUUGGGGGCUUUGGGAAUCUAAUAGAAUUUCGGGCCAGUCUUUUGGCGACCCGUGGCUUUGCAGUGCUGGCAUUAGCAUAUAUCGCCUAUGAAGACCUACCUGACAAACUGCUGGAGGUGGACUUGGAAUAUUUUGAGGAAGCUGCCAACUUGCUACUAGCUUACCCCAAGAUCCAAAAGCCAGGAAUUGGAGUGCUCUCCUUGUCCAAGGGUGCAGAGAUCGCACUGGCCACGGCCUGCUACCUGAAGCAAGUGGUAGCCACCAUCUGCAUUAACGGGUUCAACGCUGUCUCUAAUGUUCCGCUCAGGUACCGGGAUCUGGUUGUGACACCCAUCCGCUCAGGUGGGGAGCGCAUGCAGGUGCACAUCUCUGGAGCUGUGUGCUAUCGCCACUGUCACGGAGAUCCCCGGGAUGAGCUGAAUCGGCAGAGCGUGCUUCCUGUUGAAAAUGCUCAGGGCUGCAUCCUUUUCAUCGUUGGAGAAGAUGACGAAUGCAUCGAUAGCAAAGCGUAUGCUGAGCAGGCAAUGGACCAGCUGCAGAGCCACGGCAGAAGCUGCGGAAGGAUUCUAGUGUACCCAGGCGCGGGCCACCUCAUAGAGCCACCCUACGCUCCUUUGUGCUUCGCGUCCUGGGUCCGGGGCUUUUCCUGGCCCUCCCUCUGGGGAGGGGUCCCUGCUGCCCACGCUGCGGCCCAGGAGCACGCCUGGGGAGAAAUCCAGAAAUUCUUCAGGCAACAUCUCAUUCAGACCAGAAGCAAACUCUGA